AUAAUCUCAAUGUAUUACUUAAAAAUACUUGAUUUAGAUGCAGUAAAAUAUCAAAGAUUUGAAUUCCACUUUCUCAAAAUAUAACGAGACUACGUCGGCCAUAUUUGAUAUUCCAGAAAUUUCCACAUUUUUCUGGCUAAAAUCUGUCACAAUCUCGACAUUUUAAGACGUUAACAGCAUUCAAUCGUUCACUGAAGUAAAGAUUUGUUCCAUAUCUAUCUAAUAUGGGGCCUAAACAAGCACCUAGACAAGGAAAGAAGUCGGAAUAUCAAGAUAAAGACAAGCCUGCCCAAAUUCGAGGGAGCAACAUAACUGCUGCAAAAGCUGUUGCAGAUGCUAUACGUACAAGUUUAGGCCCUAGGGGCAUGGAUAAAAUGAUCCAGGCCUCUAAUGGCGAUGUCACAAUCACAAAUGAUGGAGCUACUAUACUGAAGGAAAUGAAAGUACUUCACCCGGCUGCCAAAAUGUUGGUUGAGCUGUCCAAAGCACAAGAUAUUGAGGCUGGAGAUGGUACAACUUCUGUGGUAGUCAUUGCAGGAAGUUUGCUUGAUGCCAGUGCAAAACUUCUAGCUAAAGGUAUACACCCCACAACUAUAUCAGAGUCCUUCCAGGGUGCAGCUCAGAAGUCUUGUGAGAUCUUGGAGAAAAUUGCCACUCCUGUUGAUCUGUCAGACAGAGAGGUGCUCCUCAAAAAUGCAUCUACUUCACUUAAUUCAAAGGUUGUCUCCCAGUACUCCAGUAUCAUCAGUCCUAUUGUGGUUGACUCAAUUCUCAGAGUCACAGAUAUUGCCAAAGACACCAACGUUGAUCUCAGAGACAUUAAAAUUGUAAAAAAAUUAGGUGGGACAGUUGAAGACACAGAACUCAUAGAUGGUCUAGUGUUCACACAGAAAACCUCAGGAGCUGGAGGACCUAACAAAGUAGAGAAAGCAAAAAUUGGUCUCAUUCAGUUCUGUAUAUCACCACCUAAAACUGAUAUGGAGAACCAAGUUGUUGUAUCAGAUUACACUCAGAUGGAUAGGGUCUUGAGAGAGGAGAGGCAGUACAUAUUGAACAUUGUCAAGCAGAUCAAAAAGUCUGGAUGCAAUGUCCUCCUUAUUCAAAAAUCUAUACUCAGGGAUGCUGUGAGUGAUCUAGCUGAACAUUUCCUUGCCAAGAUGAAGAUUAUGCUCAUCAAAGACAUCGAGAGAGAGGAUAUAGAGUUCAUUUGCAAGAGUAUUGGUUGCAAGCCUAUAGCCAGUCUAGACCAUUGUACAGCUGACAUGUUGGGAUCUGCCGAGUUAGUGGAGGAAAUACAGACUGGUUCCAGUAAGGUUGUUAAGGUGACAGGUGUACUCAACCCUGGUCAGGCAGUGUCUGUUAUUGUGAGAGGAUCUAACAAACUAGUCUUAGAAGAGGCUGACAGAUCUAUACAUGAUGCUCUCUGUGUUAUCAGAUGUCUCGUGAAAAAGAGGGCCCUGAUUUCUGGUGGAGGAGCCCCUGAGACUGAAGUAGCCCUGGCCCUACAUGAAUACUCACUAUCUUUAUCAGGCAUGGAGCAGUAUUGCUAUAGAGCUUUUGCCGAUGCCUUAGAAAUUAUCCCAUUCACCCUCUCUGAAAAUGCAGGUCUUAAUCCUAUAGCAACUGUAACUGAACUCAGGAACAGGCAUGCUAAGGGGGAAAAAUCAGCUGGCAUCAAUGUUAGAAAGGGUGCUAUUACAAAUAUCUUGGAAGAGAAUGUAGUGCAACCAUUGUUAGUGUCCACUAGCGCCAUCUCUUUAGCUGCAGAAUGUGUACGCAGUAUCAUGAAAAUAGAUGAUAUUGUGAACUCUGUACGGUGAAGACAGGAGACAACAAGGCAACAAUCGUGGACAAGACCAGAAUAAUCCCCCUAUCUCAAUUUGUAUCUCUGUGAUGGAACUUUGGACCAACAAAGUGAUAAAAAUGGACUUCAAAAGUUCAACUUAGCAUAUUUCCUUAUUGCAAGAUACACACUGGAUCAGCAGAGUUAGAAUAAUACAACCUCGACUUGAACAAAGCAAAAUUAUCAAAAUCUGAAAGAUUUGAGUGAAAAUAACAUAUUGGUUACGAUGAUUUAUCAGUUGAAUGGACAACAGUGGAGAUGUCACAAGCAUUGUUAUUUAUUAAGUAUUUGAAGGAUAAUGUUGCAGCAAAUGCCAAAGUGAAAUAGCUGUUUCAUAUUAUCAAAUGAGUGUGUGUCAGGCAUACAGGUUUAUCAUUUGAUGCCUGUAAUGUGUUAAAAAACCAUGCCAAUUUUUGAAUCCAGAUUCCAUGCUUCAUGAUUAUGUGAGGUAUUUCUUUGAAAUUGCUUUAACGGUAAUUAUCUGAGGAUGUAUUUUGCUUCAUUAAUGGUUUAUAGGACCUACAAUGCAGUAUGAAUGUUUUCUAAACUUUACAAUCAUAAUAUAAAUGUUGUGUGAAUAUGUAUAUACAGUAAAUAUAAUCUUUUUACGUUUGCACUGAACAAGAAUGUAAAAACUAUGAAUAAAAAUUGAAACAAA